AUGUAAAAUCAAAGUCUAUUUCAAGAAUUUUCAAAUAGCAGAGACCAUUAAAAAUACAAAGAUUGGAAAUUCUUAAAAGUUAUAAGAAUACUUCUCAAUUAAGCAAUAUUGAGCUAAAAUAACUACUUUUUAAGAGGAUAAGGAGUCAACUAUGAAAUUAUAAUUUAACUUCACGAAAAGCAAUGCACUGAUAAUAAUCAAUUUUGUUUUUGCCAUAAAUUCAGAAGAUACGAUAAUAAAGAGUCAUUGAAAAUUCAAGAAUUAUCUGAAAUAUAAGAAUAUGCUCAGCUUGUUAUAUUAUAAUUAAUAGAAGCCUUUAUCUAAAGCAGAGAGAGAAAAAACAAGAGCGAGAGUUCUUAGUUACUAAAAUAUUCAUAUUUGAAUUACCUUUAUGAAAUAAUCAACAAUUCAACUAGAGUACUCGUAUAGCUUUAAAAAAUAUCAAUAUACAAUUUAAAUAAAAUGAAUAAAAUUAAUUUAAGAGAUUAAUUUUACUUUGAGUAGUUGAAGCUAUAAAUUUUAAAUGAUUACAAAAUAAAGCUAUUUGACUCUAAUAUAGAAAAUUAAUAGCUAAAUAUGAUGGAAGCCAUUCUAUUUGAUGAUAAAAUAAAUAUAUGCAAAGAGAGAUUUAGUACUCUUUUAUUGCAAAUAGGCCAUUUCUAUGAUUAUUUAAGUGGAAACUAUAUUUAAUUGCAAAAAUUACAAGAUAUAUCUCUCCCUUUAAUAGAUUUAAACUAAAAUUUAGAAUAAAAUAUUGUUGAGCUUUUUUAAAUCAACCCUUUAGAUUUUGACCUAAAAUAUCUAACUAGUAUAUACAUCUAACUUAUUGAUUUCUAAAACAGAAGAGUUAAAGAAUUUCAGCAAGCAGCUUUGGAUCUUUCAAAAUAGAAAACUGAUAAUUAAAAAAAAUUAGUUGAGAUAGGCUAAAAUUCAGAAAAGAUAUGUGUGUUUUUCACAUCCUUCAUAGAAAAAGAAUUUUUGAUUAAAAAGACUUCAAAAACAUUUGAUAAAAUAUUUGGUUACAGUUCUGAGUUCAUCCAGGGAAAAUAGCUCAAUAUUUUAAUACCAAACCUUAUUGAAAGGCAACAUAAUUCAAUGAUUUAGGCAUUUAUUGAUGAAUAUUCAAUGGAAAUUAUUACCUAAGGAGAAAGAAAUGUAUUUGGUUUGGAUAAAAAUGGUUUUGUUUUUCCUAUUAGUUUAAGAAUAAAAAUACAAGUUUUUGAAAAUGAUUUAGGAGUUUGUACUCUCGUUAAGAAAAAUAAAUAAGUAUUUUAAUACAUAUUUUUUGAAAAUGAAGGAAUCAUCACUGAUUUUUCAAAAAGAAUAUUUGUAGACAUAUUUCAGUCUCUUGGGCUUAAAAAAUAAUAGCAAUUAAACAUUUUUGAGCUAAUUCCUUCUCUUGAUGAUAUUGUUAAGACUUAAUAGAUAAAUAUACAUUUAAGCAGUGUUUUAGUUAUCAAAGAAUAAUAUUUAAGCUAAAAUAAUAAAAAUCACUUUCCAUAACCAAAAUAAUUUAGCAAUUUAUUGACUUAAAACGAUGAAAUUUUUCAAAUAUAAUUUAGAUAUUUUAGCUAUUAAACUAAAAAUAAAGUUGAUAUUAAGUAUAUUGAAAUAGACUUUUACUCUAAAGAAACAAACACAGUUAAAAAAUCUAUGAUCUUAGAUCAUUUAAAUAAAUAAAAAAUAAAAAAAGAAUCAAAGAUAUUUUAAAAAUAAGAAAGUUAAUAAACUUUCGAAUUUACCAAUUCUUUAUAGCAAUAGUAUUUUUCUACAAAAGAUUUCACCAAUGUUUUUGAUAACUCUGAUUAAAAUCCGAUCAAGUAAAAUGAAGAUUUCAAAAAUUAUUAAAAUAAUUUAUCAAAAUAGUAAACGCUAGAAAAAAUUAAACCUGAAUAAACUCAAAACUAAAAUGAUUCCAAAUAACUUACAUUUUAAAAUAGUAACAAUAAUUAUCUAAAAUAUUUAUAAGAUUAAGCAUUUUUAAAAAGCUCUGAAAAUUCAAAUAUUUAUCAAAGAAACUAUGACCUAAAAUAGCUCAAUUCGAAUGGAUUAUAUGAUAAAUAAAAUCAAGAACUUUAAUUAUCUAUGAUAAAUUCUCCAAACAAAAUGAUGACUUAUGCUGCUGAUUAAACCGAAAUGAUUUUAUCUCCUGCUAUUUCUCAUUUAGAAAAAUAAUAAUUUCUGAUAAAUUAAUCAAAUGAAUAUUAUAAUUUGAAACUUUAUCCUUAAUAAAUUUAACAAAAUGGUAAUAACUUACAAGAAUAAUCUCUAAACAAUAUUUUUUCAUAGUAAUAUCUAAAUAAGUAGCAUAAUCGAAACAAUACAGCACAAAAUUAGCAUAUCAAAUCAAAUAGCUUCUUAUUAGAAAAUAAUUUUUUAGAAAAAAAACAUACCAAUGAAGAGUUAUCAGUUGUCAAAAGAGAAUUUAGAAGUUUUAACAACUUUAGAGAAUAAGAAGAUUUAAAGCAAGAGUAAAAAAACGAAAUAGAAAGUGUAAACUCCAGUAAGUACAGUACUGAGGAAAUUAUGAAAAGGAAAAUGAUAUAAAGAAUAAAAAAAAUGGGCUUUAAUAAAGGAUUACAGCUCAUGGUUUUUGCAGGAAUUUCAGCAUUUGUUAUUUUAAGUAUUGUAUCACUUAUCAUAUAUUUUGAAAAUCUAAAUAGUUUGGAUUCUUUUGUUUAAUCAUUUCUAAAGAUUGAUGAUGCUCUCUACUGUUUUGUUGAUGUAAUGAAUAUGGUUGCACUCAAUAACUACUAAGCAGUUUUGGGAGGAAGUUAAUCUUUCAUUUUAGAUGACUUAGAUCUUUAAAAUUAUGAGAAUAAACAAUCAGAUUAUUAGCAAUAAGUGGUCUUGUAAGAUUAUAAUACUAGUUUAUAAAAGCUUGUUAUUAAUAAUGAUAGUAGUGAUUAGCUUAAAGAUUUAUAAAAUAAUUUAUUUUAAGUUCAAAUUUACUCUGCUGGAUUUUACAAUAAUAACAGGGCUUUAAAAAAUUCAACCACUACUUUUGAAUAGAGUCUAUAAUACACCCUGAUGCAAUUUUUCUAUGAGAUAACAUUUUAUUAUCUUAGUUAUGAGGAGUAGUAAGAAGAUUUUAUUUGGGGAAACAUUGUCAGUUUCAAAUAAAGAAUGAAAAAUUUAUAGCUGAUUGUAGAAAAUUAUGCUACAGAAUAAUUUAAUAAUAUGAAUUACUAGUAAAUAUCUGCAAUUAUUUUAUUUACUUCUAUCAGUACAUUGUUAGUAUUUUCAGUUUUACCUAUUUACAUUGUUAUUUAAAUUUACAAGGAAAAGGUUUUGAAACUCUUUGGUACAUUUUAACCAUCAACAAUAGAAUUUUAAAUAAGAUAAAUAGAGCUUGGCCUUUUUAAAAUAGAGUAAAUCAAUAUUUUGGAGUAAACGAAUAACAGUACUUACUCUAAUAAAAGAUCUACAAGUAAUAGAAAGUAAAUAUAGCAAGUAAGGGAUUUAAAUUUCUUUUCGAAUUAGCAAGAAGAAGAAGAAUAAAAGUAUGAAAGAAAAUUAAACUAUCAAAUUCCUCUAUAUAUUCAAAGGAACUAUUGCUGUAGCCCUCUUACUCGUCAUGCCUAUAUUAAAUUUAAUUGA